AUGGAGGGGGGAAAUUGGUCAAUAUGGAAGGCCAACUUUCAGACGCUUAUAGAGCACAAGGUCCUUUUUGUGGCUAUUGAGCAACCGGAGUCUGCAGAGGGGAGGCCCAGCAUCACGGCAAGCAAAGGCGCGGAUGAUCCUGCAUACUCAGAUGCCUUCGUGAAGCUGAUUCUGGUAGUGCAUGCAUUAAGGGGGCUGCAAAAGGGGCAUGAAACCCUACCGGAGAUCCUAGAAGCCGGGGAUGAUGAGGCGAAUCUAGAUACCGUGCAAUCUAAGCCCAUGCAGCGGAAGCAAGCGCUACAAGCAAAGAGCAAGGCCACGCAGGCGGAGAGUGGAGAUUUCGAGUUGGCGUCGGCAUAUGUAGCCAACUUAAGGAGCUACCCGUGCUUAGGGAACAGCCGGGGAAGCUCAAACGAGUUGGGAAGAAGCUCGGAGGUUCGGCACGCUCUGAGGGAUCGCGACCGUGGGAAGCAGAAAGCAUUCCUUGCGAGGGGACCGGUCAAGAAGAACUGGGAGACCGCCGUGGCAAAGCGGCCGGUGAGAGCGGACAGCGUGGUAAAGGAGACGGUGAAGGUCGUGGAAGUCGAUCUUGAGGAGUCGGAAGACGAGAUCGAGAGCACCGGGGAGCCGGAUAAGACCCGGGAAGGUGUUGGCGCGCAAGAUCCAAUAAAUGGCGUGCACGGGCACGUAUCGGAAGUUGGGCGCGGAUGCGUGGAAGACUUCGGCGCGAGCAAUUAG